AUGACUAUCCUCGCGGCGUUCCUGGCAGUUGCUCUGCCUCUAGCAGAUCUUGCCAAUGCGGAGCGAGUCCUGGGCGCAUAUCUUUUCCAGCGCCAUGGAGAUCGCACCGCCAAGGAGCUGCCACCGACUAAGUUGACGUAUCUGGGUUAUAACGAAGAGUACGUGGCUGGCACUGUUUUCCGUGACCGGUACAUUCUCCCCGGCUCCUCGAAUCAAAUUGAGGGCAUCAGUACCGACCUGGUCAAUCUCGCCCAGAUCACAGCUUCUGCACCACAGGACACGGUCAUCCAACUAUCAGGACAAGCCUUUCUGCAGGGCCUGUACCCUGCAGCGGGUUCAAGUGCUAAUGAGACACUCCGGAAUGGAUCUACAAUCGACGCUCCGCUGAGCGGCUACCAACUCAUUCCUAUUGGGGACGUCCAAAGCGGCGCUGGCAGUGAGGACAAUCCAUGGCUACAAAGCACGACCCUCUGCAACGCCGCCGAUGUGAGUAGUAACAACUUCUUCUACUCGUCCUUGUAUAGCGACUUGCUAUCAUCCACAAACGACCUGUACCAGUCUCUCGAGCCUGUCCUCAACCAGACAUACACGCCUAGCCAGAUAAACUUUAAGAAUGCGUUCGGCAUCUGGGACAUGCUGCAUGUCGCCUUAAUCCACAACUCGACUAGCAGUUUGCCUAACUCGGAUCUAAUCAAUGACCAAACCAUGCAACAGCUUUUGGUUCUGGCUAACACGCACGAAUUCAACCUCGCCUACAACAACACUGAUACGAUUCGGGCUGUGGCUGGCAUGACCCUCGCAGGCCAGGUUCUGGCAAGCCUCAACCAAACAAUCGCAUCUGGCGGCAAAUCCAAGCUGAAUAUCCAAUUUGGCUCCUACGCAACUUUCCUAUCCUAUUUUGGUCUCGCUAGACUCACUUCAGAUGAUGUGAAUUUUACUGGAAUUCCUGAUUACUGUUCUUCAAUGGCAUGGGAGCUAAUCACAAACACUACCGGCACUGACAUGCCUUCCGAAUCAGACAUCAGUGUGCGUUUCGUGUUCAAUAAUGGAACGAUCAAUAACUCGACACAGCUGCAGGCCUAUCCACUAUUUGGCCAGUCUACGAUAGAGCUCCCCUGGACGCAGUUCGUUGAGAGCACAAACCGCUUUGCUCUUACGUCUCAACAGCAAUGGUGCCAAGUGUGUGGAAACAGCACAGGCAUCUGCGCCUCCUCAACUACUACCGACCCGUCCUCGGGUUCAUCGUCGUCUUUCAACGAGGGAAUGAGUCUUCCGGUCGCAGGUGUAAUUGGUGCCAUGGUGACUUUGGGUGUCCUUGGGCUUCUGACCGCCUUGAUUAUGCUUGUCUUCGGCCUGCGACUUGUGCGUACGAGUGCUGGUGCGUUUAGUUCGAGGACGGAACUGAACUCGUUGUCAAAGACAGGAUCUGCGUGA